CGCGUCAUUAAUGUAUGUAUCUACUCUACAACUCCAAUGGACGUGAACUCUAUCAUCCAAGCUGUGCAGGAAGCCUCGAUGGAAGGACUAGAUUCAUUUGCUCGUUCGCUGAUACAAGAACGGCUCCCUACCGACUAUAUCGAAACCCUCAGUGACAAGGAUAAGACGGAUGUGUUACGCGCUUGCCUGCUCGUGUACAUCCUCACGGCUACAACCAUUGUUCCACGAGUAUUCCAGCUAGAAGCCAUUCUUGCAACAUUGAAUGGCCAUGACAGCAUAAUUACAGCCGGUACAGGCUGCGGAAAGACCUUGUGUCUCAUAAUUCCGAAUCUACUUUGUCCAGACACUAUCAGUGUGACGAUUUCACCUCUGAAACGUCUCCAGAUCACACAGGUGAAUGAAUGCAUGAAAUACGGCAUAUCUACAAUAUCAAUCAAUGAAGACACCCCAAAUGAUGCGUUGCUCUGGCAGUCAAUUUGUGCUGGAAAGUACAAGCAUUUGAUUGUCUCACCAGAACAACUGUCAAUGUUCAAUGGUCAUCUACCACGUCUUGCACGGCUCAUUCGCCAAGAUGGAGCGUUCAUCAAAAGAAUCAAACGAGUUCACAUUGACGAGGCACAUAACAUCUACACAGCAGGGCUUGCACAUCAUGGUGAAGAGGCAUUUCGACCAUCAUAUGGCAAGCUGGGACAGUUUCGUGUGUUACUGAACAAAGACACAACAUUCCAAGCUCUAUCUGCAACUCUUCCGCCUCACAUUCUCUCUGCCAUCAAACGUGAACUCCUGAUCCGAUCUGACCAUCUCUCAUUGACACUUUCAACUAAUCGACCAAACAUAACCUAUGCUGUGACACCUUUGAUUGGUGGCCUUCGUAAUUUCUCCAACUUCAAUUGUCUUAUUCCACCUGACUACGCAGCUCCGAUGAUCAUCCCAAAAACCCUGAUUUUCCACGACAACAAGCUCGAGGCAGUUGAUGCAGCAGCCUAUAAUAACUCUCGUCUCCCGAAGGCAUUACAGAAUCAUGGUGUCGUCAGGCACUAUCACAGUGACAUGUCCUCUGAGUACCUCCAACAAACAUAUGAAGACUUUGCAUCAGAUGGUGGAAGCUGUCGUAUUCUGCAUGCAACUGCGGGCGCAUCGACAGGUCUUGACAUCCGUUGUGUGUCUGUUGUCAUUCAAUAUGGUAUUCCUCGCAACAUGUCAGAAGCAGGGCAACGUGGAGGUCGUGCUGCUCGGGACGAUAAGAUCUCUGGACUGUUCUUGAUGAUGGUUGAACCCUGGGGACUCGAACUUGAGCUGACCGACGAACACAAUGAUGUGAAUGACCCUGACAAGCCUUAUGCAGGAGUCAUAAAGAAGAACUCGUCAAAACAAGAUCGCACUGGCUGUGCCGCACUGCGCUACAUUCAGUCGAAAACGUGCCUAAGGGAGUUUUAUGCGAAAUACCUACAUGAUGAAACUCCCUCCGCCCUCCACUAUGUAUCGCAGUACUGUUGUGACCGACACAGUUCCAAUCAUGGCUUUAACCUGUCUCAAUUCUUUCUUGGUCCAAUGUACACUGGAGACGUUGUCACCACCACUAGCCAGCCAACAAAACGUCGUCGAAACCAGUUGAGGGACAAGAACGAGCGUGAUAUUUUGUACGAGAAGCUUUUCGACUGGCGUGCUCAAGAACAUGCAGCAGAUCCCCUUCGAUCUGUUCGCCCAAUUACAUGGAUCUGUGACGACAACGGGUUAGAACUUCUCAGCAAGACUCAUCCGAACAACCUGAGGUCAGUGAGAGACAUGACAAUCAUUCUUCAUGAGACGGAGGAGUGGGAACAAGACUGUGGUGAAAGGAUGUUCGAAGUGAUCAAUCAGUUUGUGAGUGAAAGACAGCAGGCUCGGGAGUCGGUAGCAAAAAAGGCUCGUAUUGGUGGACUAGAUGUCGAGCAUGCAUAG